AUGUCUCACAGCUACAACUGCCUCGAACAUGCGAUCCUAGCCCUGGGCGCCUCGCACGUCUCACACAGCGGAGACGCACACGCGGGCACUCGGGCGCUUCACCACCGCGUCGUUGCAAUAAAACUGUUCAACGAGCAAAUCGGGUACGCGCCGACCACGACGGCGGAUGCGGACGCGUUGUUUGCUGCGAUCGGCUGUCUCCUUUCGCAAACUACUCUUUUGCCGGACGGAAUUGUCGAGUACAUGACUCUGACGAGGGUCGCCGGCUUCGUGGUCAACAUGGUCACGCCCAGAUUCCCUACCUCGAUAUUCCACAUAUUCACCCCUGAACGACAUGUCGAUUUGUUGCUCGGGAUGGUGGCAGAGAGGCCGAAAGACUUGGCACUCAUUGACUCGUUCACCGCCUCACUGCUGCUUGUAGAGGAAAUAUGUCAUCAGGAAACGGAGCGUCGCUUCUUUUCCCAACUACGGCGGAGCAUAGACGCCCUGCGCAUCUCUGCCCAAAAAGCCUGCGAAGCGUUCAUCGCUGCGCUUCUAACGCCUACUACAUUCAAUAACGAAGAAUUCGUCGAGUUUCUGAAGCCCGGGAACCACGCCGGGCUGCUCCUCACCAUUCACAUGCUGCUGCUCGAGUACAUACUGGGCCAAGCCUGCAUGGGCCCAUCAGACGAUCCCAAGGCCGAAUACCGAAAGAAUACUGUCAUUAGGUGGACGACGGGCCUAGCUGGCUCCUUGCCGUCACAGUACCAGGUGUACAUCCGGUGGCCGCUUCAGUAUUGUGCGGUUAUGGCCCGCCAGGACGCGAGGUCUCUUCUCAACCCAUGA